AUGGUAGAACAAUCAGACAAGAUUUUAGUCAAUCAGGAUACUGAGUCCAAUACCUAGUUACAAUAAGAAAAUGUACAGCUCCCUGCCAACUUUGUCACUACUUUAAAUCAUAUUGCAUCAACAAAAUACCUGUUAUCAUAGCUAAGAGAUAAAAAUACCAAUACCUACAACUUCAGAUUCUUCUCAGAUAGAAUCAUGAGACUGCUUGUAGAGGAAGCUAUCUCACAAGAGCCCAUGAUCAUUGAAAAGAGGCAAUCACCAACUGGCUCCGAAUAUGAUCACUACAGACUUAAGUUUAGUCCUGAGGAAUACUGUGCUGUCACAAUUAUCAGAGCUGGUGAUUCUAUGAUCAAUGAGGUCAUCUCAUUGCUCUAAGGUAUUACCAUAGGUAAGAUUCUUAUCCAGAGAGAUGAGGCUUCCGAGGACAAGAAGCCAAUCCUAUUCUACUGCAAGUUCCCGGACAACAUCUAAGAUAAGAAGAGAAUUUUCAUUCUUGAUCCUAUGCUUGCUACUGGUGGAAGUGUCAACCUCUGUAUCUAAAAGCUUAAGGAUAAUGGAGUUGAUGAAAGCAACAUUACAUUCAUCAAUUUGGUAUCUUGCGAGGACGGACUAAGAAAGAUUCACUCUCUUUACCCCUAAGUCAGAGUGAUCACAGCAGCCAUUGAUCCAAUUCUGAAUGAGCACAAAUAUAUUGUUCCUGGCCUUGGAGACUUUGGAGACAGAUACUUUGGUUCAAGACUUCCAAAUUGA